GGCCAACGAUGUGCAAUGUGCUGCCUCUGCCGACCUACAUCGUGUAUUGGCCGCAGGAACCAGGGAGGAGGUAUUGCGGACGGACACGUGAAAAGCUAUCAUUGGGCAUCAUGCUUUUUUGCAGAGUCCGGUGAUUGUGCUCAAACGCUUUUCAAGCAUCCACCUGUCAACUGAUGAUUAGCACUUCAAAUAUUGUCAAGUCCAAGUUCUUCGCGUCUCUUACACUUGUCAAAAAACAACAGCACGACCUAACCCAAAAACAAAACAAAGCAAAUUACACUGCCCAAAAACGGUGAAGUACGUAAACAUUUAUUUUUUUAAAAAAAAAAGCUGUAGAAAAUCUCCGCGUCCAAGCAAAACCAAGGAGCAAACGACACGUCGUGACACAGGCAUGCAGCAUCACUGGGGCCCCUAAAUAAAGCAGCCAAUCCGCACCUCCCACCGCACACGCUCUCACCACUUCCCAACAGGCAUCACAGCACGCACGUACGGACGGACGGGCACUGCACGCGGGCGUCGCGUCGCGGUCCGCCGGACACGAUCCCCGGCAAGGCAAUAAUGAGGGCGCCCCCCGGCCGACGCGGCCUGGUCGCCGCCGGCGCCUGCGCGCUGCUGCUGGCGGCGUUCCUCCUCCUCGGCAGCCUGCUGGUGACGACGCCGCUGGCGCCGUACCUGCUGCCGCCGCUGGCGCUGUCGCUGCCGUGCCUGCCCAAGGUCACCGCGCCGUCGGGGUCCGGGUACGGCGCGGCGCCCGGCGUCGCGGAGCUGGCGGAGGCCGCCGUGACGUACGCCACCUCGGAGACCGUGCCGCAGCAGUCGCCCGAGGAGAUCUCGCUGUCGCUGGCCGUGCUCCGGCGACGCGCGCCGCUGCGGCUGCUGGUGUUCGGCCUGGGCCACGACUCCAGGCUGUGGCACGCGCUCAACCCCGUCGGCGUCACCGUGUUCCUGGAGGAGGACCCCGCGUGGUACCGCGAGGUGCGGGCGCAGUCGCCGUUCCUCCGCGCGCACCUCGUGGCCUACCGCACCCGGCUCGACCAGGCGGACCGCCUCAUGGCCACGUACAGGAGGCACCCGGCCUGCCUCCCGUCCACGGCCACCGGCUCCGGUGGCGGCGGCGGCGACGGCAGCAACGCCACCGGCCUGCUGCGGGUGCGCGGCAACUGGGCGUGCCCGCUGGCGCUGCACAACCUGCCGCCCGAGGUGUACGAGACGGAGUGGGACAUGUUCAUGAUCGACGCGCCCAAGGGCUACUUCGCGGCGGCGCCCGGGAGGAUGGCCGCGAUAUGGACCGCGGCGGCCAUGGCGCGCGCGCGCCGCGGCGAGGGGGACACCGACGUCUUCCUGCACGACGUCGACCGGAGGGUGGAGAGGAUGUUCGCCGAGGAGUUCCUCUGCGAAAAGUUUCGGGUCGGCGGCACCGGCCGGCUCUGGCAUUUCAGCAUCCCGCCGGUUUCACGGCGCGGGAAUGCCACGGCGACCGCCGGUGACCGGAGACCGUUCUGUUAAACCGGAUUUAUAUCGUCGGCCCUGCAGUUGGAGUGGAGUUUUUGUUCAAAAAGCAGAUGUAAAUUUUUGUUUCAAAUUGGAAGCAGAGUGCUAGCAGGCCAGGUAGUACCAAACACAUGUACUUUGUAUUACUCUGUACCUCCUUUCUUUCGGAGGUAAGUAAAGCAGCGAGGUUACUGUUUUCCAAGACAAGUAUUUCAUCAGAAAUAGCUCCAACAAUGUGAUGUCAACUUCAGC